AGAGGGUUUUUGAUUGCUGUCCUCUGUAUCUGUUGUAGCUUGUUGAGGUUUCUAUGAGAAUAAACAGUUCUAGCCAUUGAUCCCAAAUCUCGAAACUGAAAACUAGCUAUUGAUUGUCCUCAUUUGUAUCUGGGAUGCCGUUUUUAAUUAACUUUCUGAGAACAACAACCAACACAGGAGCAAAGGUGCAGAAGAGGGUUUUUGUAGCUUCCAACUGAGAGAUGCCUAAACUUAAAACCAAAUCCUGCCGUUGAUUGCCGUCAUUUGUAAUUGUAUCUGCAUCGCAUUGUUUGAACUGAAAUCUGGCUGUCUGAUUUCAAUUGGAUAGUAUUGUUUCAAGAUGUCUCCUAGUGGCCAAAAACGUGCUUGUCAAAGCGUUCCUGUGGAUAGACUUAGUAUCCUUCCUGAUAAAGCAAUCGAUAAUAUUCUAAUGCGUUUGCCUUUACGAGAAGCUGUAAGGACUAGCAUCUUAGCCAAGACUUGGAGAUAUAUAUGGUGCAGGCUUCCACAGUUGGAACUUGAUGAAUCUCUUUGGAACCUGUCACAAAGUUCUGACCCUACUCCUCGAUUUAAAGACAUUGUCUAUCACUUUUUGACCCUUCACGAAGGACCAGUUACUAAGUUUACCCUCUCUAUUCCUAAUCUUAAGAGCUAUCCUAAGCUUGACAACUUGAUAUAUUUUCUCUCUAGAAAUGACAUUCAACAUCUUGUUCUUGAACUUCCUCCGGUCCCGGGUGACAGAUACAAGUUGCCUCCUUCAAUUUUCACAUGUUUGCAGUUGAGGAAUUUGACUCUUGAGAGUUGCUUAAUACCGCUUCCUCCACCAGCCUUCAAAGGAUUUGAUAAGUUAAUCAGCCUGGAAUUAUCUUACGUCAAAAUUCCUUCUAAGUUUCUCAAAAGUUUAAUUUCUAGUUGCCCGCUGCUUGACAAGUUGGUGCUGCGACUAGCAGAAAGUUCAUACGUUAUUGAAAUUAAUGCUCCCAUGCUGAAAUCCUUUCAUUUCUUUGGCGAUAUAAGAUGUAUCUGUUUGAAAACUAUUCCUCGUUUGUCUAAACUUUCACUUUGGUGUUGCGAAUAUCUUGAGAGGUCGGGAAAGUUUGAUAUUGCCAAGUUUUUUGAGCCUAUUUCUGAUCUUGACGAUCUCCACUUGGAUAACCAUUGUGUUGAGUUUUUAGCAAGAGUUGGUGGAGCUGUAUCAAAAAGGCUUCCCUUUGAUCUUAAUUGUGUCAAGCGUCUUUACCUACAUUGUUCAUAUCUGGGUAAAUUGGACAUCAUCUCAUGUGCUUUUUGCUUGAUUAGAAGCUUCCCGUGUUUGCAAUAUAUGGAAAUUAAGGUGGUUGAUUACAAUGAUAAUAAUAUUCCAGCACUAGAAUGUCUUGAAGUGGAAGCUUUUUCAGAUGUCAUAUUUGAUCACCUUAGGGAGGUUAAGCUAAGAAAUACUGUGGGCUCAAAGCGUGAGAUGCAGCUUAUCAAGCUUCUGCUAGCCAAGUCUCCUGUGCUGGUGAAGAUGGUAAUUGAGGCCUCUUGGUUUGUUAAAACAUCUGCAACAAUCAAAAUACUGAAAGAGCUAACAAAAUUUCAGCGUGCAUCACCUAGAGCUGAAGUUGUCUAUCGAUAAGCAUCGGAUAGUGUCUUCAACUUUGUAAUUAUAAUGCUAAGAGUUUAGAAAUGUGUGAUUGAAAUGAGACUUGCUACAAUGAAUUGAUGUUGUGGUUGUUUAUUUCAAACUUCAAAUAUUUUCAUGACUUUCAGGUAAAGCCAUGUAAUUUCUGAAUAGCACUGCCGUGCAAUUUUUUUUUUCCUUCCAGUUUUUCACCAAGGUAAUUUGAUAAAGUAUAUUUAUCUAAUAGAGUUUAUUCUGUUUUCUAUGCCCA